AUGGCAAACGUCAAACCUCAAGCCGUCAUUCUGGCGAACAACCUCCCCACGGCACAGAUCAACCAACAUUUCGCACCGGCGGAUACGGGCCAGAUAUCGAGAUCAACGGCAUACUCGCUGUCUUUCCUCGAUGUUGCUCUUGGCGGCGUCGAACCGGCAGAUCGAGUUGCAGUGCAUGAAGGCCUCCAGGCGUUAUCAAGCACGCUUAACGGCUCCAACAUGAAUGCUGCUAUCAAUGCGCCAAACACGAAGACUUAUGUGGUGCCGUCCAAACCUACGGGCUAUUCCAUGAUAGGUCACUUCCUCGAACUCGCGGAGAUGAGCCAGCCAUUCAUGAUUGUACCUUCUGAGGACAUCAUUCGCGCCGUCGUCUUUGAACCCGACACAGUCGCGGUCGGAGAGCCCGCUUGGAUCGUUACAGUCAAUUACAAUCUACUUGCAGCCUCACGGGACUCCUCCCGGCCAUGCUUGCCCGAUGCCGACCUGCGUCACAACAUGCAGCUUGCGUUGAACCACAGCAGCAUUUUCCUCAAGCCCUCUGAGGCGAAUGUACAGGCGCUGGCACACCUUGCGCUGCACGGCGAGGACUUUGCUACGCCAAAUGUAUCGUGGCUGCUACUCAGCCAUGCUUGCCGACAAGCCGAGGUGAUCUCGCUACACGUGCCUGACCAAGCGAGACCACAGGAGUCCGAGCAGAGACUUUGUUUGUUCUGGCUGUUAUUUAUCAUCGACAAAUCAUGCGCCCUGGCAUUUGGCCGUCAGCCCUUCUUGUCCAGCUCUGCCUAUUCGAAUGUGCCGCUUCCCAGCCACGAUACACUCCGUAGCUUCCAGCCACACAAGAGUACUGUCUUUGGAGGCGAAGGAUCCCAGAGCACUGAGGAUUUCGUCACUGGAGCUCACUUUCUGACAACAGGCAUUGCGUUCGCCCGCCUUAUCGGCGGCCUCGUCGAGCGAGGAAUAAACUCAGCUCCUAUACUGAAUGUCCAAGAGCAACUCAAGGAAUGGGCUGAAGCGGCCUUCAAGCCACUGAACACUGCGAUGCUUGAGUUAACCGAAUCUGGCAACGCUGCCCAGCAGAGAGAGGUCUCCCUCGGAAUCAUGACUCUGCAGUUUCAGCAUUUGCACGCGCAGGUUGUUCUGCUAAAAUACUUGCCAGAAGCAGCGGCACUGCGACUGGAUUGCGCCCGCGGCAUGCUUGAGCUGCUUCCGUCUGUGGUCUCGAACCAUACGUCAGUCUACAAUGGGGUAGUCUGGCACCUCUUAUACUAUCCCUUUGCAGCGUUCUUUGAGGUCGUCGCACACGUUAUGUCCUCCAGCUCGUCGCCUAUCCUCCACAGCGAUAUCCGACUACUGCAAUCCUUGCCUACGUACUUCGCGGAAAUGCGUGGUCAGAUGCGUGGCGCCCUAGUGAGCGUCUGUACCAGACUGCAGGACGUUGCUGCAAAGUUUGUCUACCUGGCUGAAGGCCGUGUCUCCAGUACUGCUCCGUCAGAUACGGUGGCAUCGCACCCACGGCCAACGAAAUCGGGGCGUGGGCCAGGCCACGACCACACGCAAGGAAAACAUGCCCGCGAAGGACUCUCGGGAAUAGCUCGUUCUUUGCAGUCUGACGAGACUAGUACAGCGCGCGAUGAUAACAAUGUCGCCCACGGGAUAUUGUCGUCGACAGCUUCACACAGCGACAACCUAGAAGAAGCGGACACAUUGCGAAUGGACUCUAACUUUGACUGGUUCGCUUGGGAUGCAUACUACAGUACACAGCCAAACAUGCUUCUGUGA